CAUGUGUCAGGCAACGUUAAUUUCUCAAGCUAAAUAGCAUGUGUAUUGUUUCUGUAGCACUCACAGGAUGAGAGGAAUUGUUACAUUUUACCUAACCUAUCUGCUGUGCCUGAUGUUGGGGAUCACCUGUGUGGCAUUAGUAGCUCACUGGAAUUACAGCUAUAGAGGUGGAUUUGCAUGGGACGGCUCAGUCAAGCAGUUCAACUGGCACCCGGUCUUCAUGGUCACUGGCAUGGUGGUGCUUUAUGGGAAUGCGGCCGUAGUGUACCGUAUUCCUCUGACGUGGGGUCACAAUAAGCUCCCAUGGAAGCUGUUACAUGCUGGGCUUCUGCUCCUUUCUUUCGUUCUGUCUGUUAUCGGGCUUUGUGCGGUGUUCGACUACCACAAUGCAAACCACACAGCCAACCUCUAUUCCCUCCACAGCUGGGUGGGGAUUUGUACCACUGCGCUUUUUACUGCACAGUGGGUCAUGGGUUUUACUGCGUUUCUCUUACCCUGUACUCCAACGACGGCUCGUGCUCUUGUAAAGCCAGCUCAUGUUUGGAUGGGAGGAAUCAUCUUGGUACUAGGCAUUGUGUCCUGCAUCUCAGGGAUCAACGAAAAACUCUUUUUUGCACUGUAA